ACCAAGAUGGCGCCUAUGAAUCAGUUUUUUCCAAAUCCAAUAAUUUAUAAGAUAUCGUUCAUGGAUUGAAUUUUUGUGAAAAUCGAGUGGAUUCAUCACCUCAAAUAAGAGAGAGAUUAUUCCUCUACAAGGAUUUACUGGCUCACUUCGUUGUGAUUUUCCUUUGAUUUUCGACGAUACUAUGUCUAAUAGUGUUUUUUACGGGACAUCUCGCUUACGUGGAAUAUCAUCGCGACUCGCAGGAUCACUUUUGUCUAACUCUGCAUGGGCUAAACCAGUAUCAAAUUUUCCUAACUUUAAAGUUAUUGACGGCUACGUCGAUAGAAAUAGUCCAGCGUUUUUAUCAAAGCUAACUCAACAAACUGAGAUUCUUAAAUCGUUUAAAGAAUUUACAAAUAUUGCGUUGCUGGGUGGUGGUGAGAAAGCAAUUGAGCGGCACACGAAGAGGAACAAAAAGCUUUUAGUUCGAGAGAGACUUAGUAAACUAUUGGAUGACGGAACUGACUUUCUUGAGUUGUCACAAUUCGCCGGGCUUGAUCUUGAAUAUGGCAACGUGCCAAGCGCAGGAGUGGUGUCAGGAAUUGGACAAGUUGCAGGACAGUUGUGUGUCAUCGUUGCUAAUGAUGCCACAGUAAAAGGUGGAACUAUUUACCCUAUUGCAGUUAAGAAGCAGCUCAGGGCUCAAGAAAUUGCAGAAGUGAACAAGCUUCCUUGUAUUUUUCUGAUGGAUUCAGGAGGAGCAUUUCUUCCAUUGCAGGCUGACAUAUUCCCAGAAACUGGAGGGCGUGUGUUUUAUAAUGAGGCUGUGAUGUCAAUGAAUGCAGUUCCAACUAUUUGUGUGGUGUGUGGAUCUUGUACAGCUGGUGCUGCAUAUGUACCCACAAUGGCAGAUGAAGCUGUUAUUGUGGACAAAAUUGGUACAAUCUUCCUUGGUGGCCCUCCGCUAGUAAAGGCUGCUACUGGGGAAGUUGUCAGUGCAGAGGAACUAGGCGGGGCUUUGAUGCACUCCAGUGUCAGUGGAUGUACAGAUCAUUUUGAAGCUGAUGAAGACAGUGCAAUGGAAACAACAAGAAAUAUUGUAGCCACGCUAAAUAGAGAGCAGUGGGUUACUUCAUCAGAUGUACAAGCUCCUUUGUUUGAUAGCGAUGAUCUUUUAGCCCUUGCACUAUAUGACAAUACACAAUUUCCUAUGUAUGAGAUAUUAGCAAGACUUGUUGAUGGAAGCCAGUUCCAGGAGUUUAAAACCAGAUUUGGACCAGAACUAAUCACAGGAUUUGCUCGUGUUCAUGGGUACUUGGUCGGAAUUAUCGCAAAUAAUGGUGAAUUAACAUCUCAAGCGUCUUUGAAGGGCACGCAUUUUGUGGAGUUGUGUUGUCAGCGGAACGUCCCUCUCUUGUUCCUUCAAAACACUUUGCCUCAGACUCACGCCGGUUUACCCGUAGAGAACAGCGCCUGUUUGAUCAAAGAUCAAGCAAAACUGAUGUCAGCGGUAGCCUGUGCUCAGGUACCAAAGAUAACUGUCAUCAUGAAGGGCAGUUACGGACCGAGCAGUUACGCAAUGUGUGGUCGUUCUUUUAAUCCGCGUUUCUUAUUUACAUGGCCCACGGCACAAGUUGCCAUGGAUACAGUGGAGGACAUGGUUUCCAUGUGUUGUGCAGAGCGCGAAGCAGAAGACGAUAGUUUGGACGAAGAGAAACUCGUGGCAUUGAAGGAAAAGCUCAGUAACAAGUUUGAAAAAGAAUCAAAUGGUUACUACGGAAGUGCUCGUCUAUGGGAUGAUGGUGUUAUUCUACCUCAAGACACAAGGAAGGUUCUGGGUCAGAGUUUACGCGCAGCGCUCUCCUCAUUCCCUCGCGGACAAGGCAGCAAUUUUGGCGUCUUUAGAAUGUGACACUAAAUUCAACUCUUACUAUUUAAGGGCAUAGGUUAGUCAAGUAGUUAUCACAUUUAGCU